UGGGUAAUCCCUGCCGGUUACGUCACGUGCUCGCACUGCGUGCAUCCAAGCAGUAAAACAUAGUCGGGUAGAUGGAUUUUAUAUGCUGAAGUUUGUAUUUAUUUAACAAUUUUAAUAAAUCUUCUUAGAUCUGAGGUGCUUCGAAAGUAUUCUGGAUAAGAAGCGUGAAUUCAUAACGUGCGUGAGUGUUUACAUCUGAGGUUUAUUGAUCGAUGAAGGACGCGAUGAUCGACGAUUCUGAAACCCAUGUGGUCCGAUCUAGUGGAGAUCUGUGGUCUGAGAUCUGCUCGAGUUUGCCCCAGCCACAGGAACUCGAUGGACAAUUUACAGACUCGUUUCAGCCCUCUCAAGGGUCUCCACAACCAAACUUCCCUAGGGCUUCUUUCAGCCCAUGGGAACCAAUGGCUGACUCUGAAGUUUACAUUGCCAGUUUAGAAAAUCGGUUGAAGAGAAUCAAGGGACAGUCAAAUGAUGUGACAUCAAGGGAAAUGCUCCGUUCUUUGUCCCAGGCAAAGAAGGAAUGCUGGGAUAGAUUCCUCCACGAUGCCGAAACAUCAGAACUGUUUCAGGAAGGAAAUUUUGAUCCGAGUGCUUUGGAGCAGUUCAAGCGUUGGUUGUCGCCUGAAAGGGUGGCCAUCAAUGCAGAAGAGCUAGAGUACCUUCUUCUGCCCACACAGAACAGUGAGCUUCCUGUCAGCUCUGCCCAAACUGAUCAACUAUGUGAGGAGGAAGAAUGUCCAAGCCCGGAGAAAUAAUCAUACAACAGAAACACCGGGAAGUUUGCUGUACUGACAUGCAGAGAGAUGAGCGUAGGUGGGGUCUUGUUGUGAAAAGCAACCUGGUAUUGUGAUCCAUCUGAAGGAACCAUACUAUAGGGGGGCACAAAUAAUCAUGUACUAGUUCCUAAACUAAUAUAUGCUUUAACAUGAAGAAAUUGUGAAUAAAGGCAUAGACUAUUCAGGAAUGAAUGGAGUCAUACUGACUACCUAAGAAUCAGACAUUUUUAGCAUAGCUGUUAUUAUUCUAUCCUAAAUACUUUAUAGAAAUAGUUAGGUUUUGUUUCUGAUUAGUUACUGUCAGUUUAUGUACAUAAUGCACUGGUUCAUUAUAAUUUGUUUUGUAUUCAUAAAUGCAUUAAAGGGAUAGUUCACCAGAAAAUUCUGUUUUUACUCACCCACCAGUUGUUCCAAUCUGUAUAAAUGUAUUUUACACCAAGGAAGAUAUUUUGAACAAUGUUUGAAGUAACAAUCUGGGGCACCAUUCAGUUCUAUAGUGGGAAAAAUAAUAAUAUGGAAGUGAAUGGUGCCCCAGAUCUGCUUUAUGAAAGUGAGAAAAUGAUGAGAACAUUUUCAUUUUUUUGAGUAAGCUUCCUAUAAGACAUCAUUUUCUUUACAACAGUGUUAGGCGUUUACAGGAUUAAACACAAAAGAAAUGGAGGAAAAUACAUUUGAGUGUUAUGUAACAUUCCACAAAUGUAAAUUUUAUAAUUGGCUAUUGAAUAUAAAUUAAAAUUGUUUCUCGUCCCUUUUUUUUGCAGUAUUGACUCUGAUAUGCACAAAUCCAGACAUUGUGUUAUUACAAUUGUGAACGUUUCAAGUAUGAUUUAAUGGUAAUAUCCUCUCAGACUGAAAUGUAUAGAUCAAUGGACUAGAUAACCACUAUUAAGGGUGGUUAAAGAAUGUUGAGCUUUAUAUUAUGCCCAUUGUUUCUGUACAUGUUAGUAAGU